ACCAGCGUGGCGAUGGAGGCGGCGCGCUGCGCUGGCGCAGACUCGCGCAGGGAGGAAGCCGCGCAGUCGGGUCCGGCCGCCGGGAUAUGCUGCUGCGGCCGCUGCGGAGCUGGGCAGCCCGGGCGCUGCGGCGCGAGGGGCCUGGGAGCCUCGCCCCCGGCCAGGGGACGUGGGGGGCGCAGCACCGAGCCUGGCUUCGCGAUAAAGAUAGAGAAAACAAAAAAGAGAAAAAAUCAGUGAUCUGCGUUGAGGGCAACAUUGCAAGCGGGAAGACGACAUGCCUGGAGUUCUUCUCCAACACAGCGGACAUGGAGGUGUUACCGGAACCGGUGCCCAAGUGGAGAAAUGUCCGUGGUCAUAAUCCUCUGGGGCUGAUGUACCGCGAUGCCUGUCGAUGGGGCCUCACGCUGCAGACGUACGUGCAGCUCACCAUGCUGGACCACCACACUCGUCCUCAGACAUCACCUGUACGGUUGAUGGAGCGGUCGAUUCACAGCGCAAGAUAUGUUUUUGUAGAAAACCUAUAUAGAAGCGGGAAGAUGCCCGAAGUGGACUAUGUGGUUCUGUCCGAAUGGUUUGACUGGAUCGUGAGGAACAUCGACGUGUCUGUCGAUUUGAUAGUGUACCUGCGGACCACUCCCGAGACCUGUUACCAGAGGCUGCAGCUGAGAUGCAGGGAAGAGGAGACGGUCAUUCCCCUGGAAUACCUGAACGCUAUUCACCACCUCUAUGAGGAGUGGCUCAUCAAAGGGGGCCUUUUCCCUGUGGCAGCCCCUGUUCUGGUGAUUGAGGCUGACCACGACAUGCAGAAAAUGUUAAAACUCUUUGAACAAAACCGGGACCGAAUAUUAACUCCAGAGACUCAGAAACAUGGUUCAUAGGAUGGGAAAGAUCAUGCCAGAAAAAUGCCUGCUGCUGCGAGGUUAGCUAUUAGGAGCAAUUUAGAAAUACCCACUCUUGGGAGGGCUUGAUAUCUAGCCACGUUUGUUUUCCUGAUGGUCUUUUCCUCUUUGUCACCGUCUUCCUCCUUGGUCUCUGGCCCUUGCGGGUAAAUGACAAAUGGGACCAAUGGGUUUGUCAUGCCCUUUGGUGUUUGCAGCCUUGCAUUCCCACCUGCACCUGUCCUGGUGGCUUCCCACUGCUGGGUCCCUGUGAUUAAGGAAAGAGCCACCAGAAGUUAUGCUGGGCUUAGGGUCUCUAACCCUUCCGACUACCCAGGAGGGCGAGGUAGUGGCCUCACAUCCCAGAGAGAAAGCUGAAGCUCAGAGAGGCUAAGGGACUUCCCCGGGUCCUACAGCCGGUGACAGUGGUGUUGGCACAAGUGAGAUUUUGGUGACUCUAGAACAUUCUCUCCCUCAUCCUGAGAGCCUGUCUUCCUUUGCUAGAGAUCUCACGUGUGUAUGGGGAGAGCCAGCGUGCGUGGAGCCAGUGUCAUCAUUUUCUCAUUAUCUGAGCAGUUCACAAGGACAGUCGAUGUUCUUAGACUUCCACAAAAUUGUGCCGUGUUUGGCUUGAGCCCAGCGUUCAGUGGUUUCCCAGCAGGAGGCUGCUGUGAUGUUCACCACCGCAGCAUCUGGCCUUCCAUGUCCUUAGGAGAAUCACGCAGCGGGUCCUGACUGGUGCUCGGUCUCCUUGGUGAUGAAGGCCUUGCCAGAGCUGCUGCCAGUUCUCAGUCAGGGAAAUGGCUUUGGUGCCUGGGUGGUUUGCCCAGGGCCAAGCUGGGGCGAGGGGCCACCAGCCCUGGCUUCUGAGGCCUCCUUACUCUACUGGCCUCGUGUGAAGAGCUUUGCCCUUGGAAUUACUGAGAGUCUGUGGCCCGGGAGAGAGACAUAUGUGGCCUUAAGUAUUUUUAAAAUGUUUUUCUAUCCAAGAGACACUUUGGACCAUAGAGCAUGAAAUCAUCUUUAUUGGUUCAGAAAAUAUCUUAGUUUCACUCAGCUGCAACAAUGCAUCAAAGCCGCAGCUAUUUCUUGAGUCAAGUGGAAAGAGAAAGAAAGAACAUUCUUUUAAGAGGGCAGUCUGGACUGGAAGAUCAGGGCUGGCAAGCAGAGGCUCUUAGAGCACGGGUGCUCCUGAUAUUUUGGAGGUGGGCGGAGAGAGCUUCAAGAAGACUGGUUGUAGACAUGGGGAAGGGUCAGUCGUGACUUUGGGGAAACAGGCCUCAGCCUCUCCUCACAGUGGUUGGCAUCAACGAAGGUUGGAAGCCUCGUUCUGGCCUCUGUGUACAGUUCUCUGACUUGGUGUGGGUGACUGGAGCCCUGGUAGUCCGGUCCCAGAGGGAGGCAAGCACUGCGACUCCUGGGUCGGUUCUUGGGCUCCGUGGGCAGGACGAGGGGCAGCAGCCCCGCAGGGACGUGUCUCCACCCAAGUGUCAGGGAUUGACCAGAAGUCUGGGGUCAGGAAGCAGGAGCCUGUGCUGCCAGGUGUCGUGACGAGCCCCGGCCGUCUUCGGGAAUUUUUAAGUGAACAGUCCAGGAUUUGCCCCACAGCUGAAUUUGAGCAUCUCUUUGGGGGGAAAUGUGAUUUAAACAAAAGUAAAGUCUUGCCCUGUGGUAGCCAAUAAAUCCUUCACCUAAAACCUGCCGUGAGUCUUAGCAUGCUGCCCCGGCCAGGGAUUUGAGCUCUGAGCAGCAGUAGGAUAAUGUUUUCAUUUGUUUAAGACUCAUCUUUCCUGGGACGUCUGGGUGGCUCAGUUGGUUAAGCAGCUGCCUUCGGCUCAGGUCAUGA